UAAUGCAAAGUGAAUUUCCAUGAACUCUGGUGUUGUUAAAUACUGGUGCAUCAAAUUACAUUUCUCUGCUUUGUUGCCUGAUAUCUUUUGUUUUCAAAAUACGCUCAUCCUCAUUCCUGUACUGUCAGAUGCUGGCAACUGUUUGCCAGACCCACCUCAAAUACCUAUAAACAUGCAGUACUUCUCAGGAUUUUGUUAAGGUGUGCUUUGCAGCUUAUAGGUUAUUAGCUUGUAUAAGUUGUGAAAAACAUUCAUAGUGUUUGGAUUUAGAAGAUAUUAUCUGGAUACUUUAUUUUUUCUCAAGGUUUUACUGAUGGAUUUCAGGCUCAUCCUGUUUGGGCUCACAGGUGCCAUGCUCAGUGUUGCCUGUGCCCAAAGCCAUCAGUACUACUUUGUGAAUACUUCGCUUACGUGGAGAGACGCUCAGAGAGUCUGCAGACGGGACUACACUGAUCUGGCCACCAUUGAAAGCACAGCUGAUGUUGAUGAUUUUUUAAGGACCACCUCCAAUAAUACAGGCAAGGCAUGGAUAGGUCUUUAUGAUGACAAAAUAAACAGCUGGAAAUGGUCCCUAAAUGACAGCAGCUUCUACAGUCCUGGAGAAUAUUCAUUUAGGGACUGGGAACCUAACGAACCCAAUAAUUAUUAUGGACAACAGUAUUGUGUUAGAUUUUACGGUACUGCUUAUAACUCUGUGGGCAGAUGGGAUGACAUUGGGUGCACGGAGACAAUACAAUUUGUGUGCUAUAAUGGUACAGUAGGUGGAUCACCAUCCUAUGUUUUGAGUAACAUUUCACUAAACUGGACAGAAGCUCAGAAAUUCUGCCGUACGAAUUAUGUUGACCUGGCCAGGUAAAUAACAAGACGAUAUCUUAAAGCAAAUACUGCAUUAAUGCAUAAUAAUCUAUAGAGAGAGGGAUUGCAGUUCAUGGAUUCCAGACGUUUUCCUCUGGGUUUU